AGAUUCUAAAUAAUGUAGGGAUAGAAAGCAAGUCGCCAUAACAGUUGUGGAUAUCAUGUGGAACUCCUUAACAAGUAACAGAAAAAAAGAUCAAAUAAAUAUUAAGUAUUUUUAUAAGUAGGCCUACAUUUUGUUUCUACAAAGCAAAUGAAACUAAUAACAAUUAGAAUUACAAAGAUUGGAUUCUAAAUGCUAGAAAUUAUUUGAAUUGUUUUCCCCAACAUCCAUAAAAAUGAAUUCAUCUUUUACUAAAAUGACACAUCUUGUUAUGGACAAGCUGGAAAAUAUAUCAGAACUUCAGGCUUGUGUCUUGAGACAAAGUUUUAAGGCGUUUGAUGAAUGUAUUGUUUAUUAUGACUCAUUUGAAAAAGUAAUCAUUCUUUAUGGUCCAGGCCCAGUUAUAAAUGACUGUAAGCUACAACUUGUUGUCAAAUUGGAAAAUAUUGCUCAAGAAACUGUCAAGAUUUCUCCCAAUUUGUAUACAAUUUUUUCGAGGAAAAAAGGAAAACAAUACCUCGAAUAUAUACAAGUUGUGUAUGAGGAUGUCAAAAUAAUAUUAGAAGAAGAAUGCCUUUUCGUGGCUGCAAUAGGGGAAGACAGGCUUAAUCAUGUAAUUAUAGAAUUAAGAGAAAAAAUAUAUUUGCAGUCAUUCAGUUCAGAGGUAGAUAUUUCAAUUGACCAACUUUACAAUAUAAAAGAGAAACUUGAAGCUGGUUUAUUAGUAAUUGUCUCAUGGGAUGCUUGUGGAAGGAAAAUACAAGUAGAAGGAAUAAAGGAUGAUGUGAUGGUGUCUCAGAGAGAAAUUCUGCUUGUCAUAAAUAAUGAAAAGCGUAAAAAGAAUAGGGCACCAGAGAAUGAACCAUUACCACUUUGUAAAACAUGCUUGAAAAAUUAUGAAUUAAAAGAGGAAAGACAGAAGAUCAACAAACAAAAUGCUGUAAAAGUUGUUAGAGAAUCAUCUUUUAAAAGUGUGAACAGAGAUGAAAAAGAAAGAAAUAAUAGUGUCAAUCCAAAAUUAGAAUUUUCUGAGGAAAAUUAUGCAGCACCUUACACUGAUGACUUUAGUAAGCAUACAUUUAAUAAUUCUCAAUCUAGAUCUAGAUGGGAACCUGAAAAAAAUUUGCUUGAUGACAAAGUAAGAGCACAAGUACCCCCAAGAAGUACAUUCGGGGGCAGAGGAGGAAGAACAUUUGUUGUGAGAAAACAAAGCUAUGAUGCUGGAUAUUCUAAUGAGUAUAGUCGAACCAGCCAACAAGACAUGGAAUCAAGGAAUGAUGAACACAGUUUCCCCAGAGUGAACAGUGAUCAAUCUGAUUGUCAGGUCCACCAUCUGACACAGUUAAACUCUGGACGCCAGAGAGUGGUAGAUAACUCUGAAGAAACAAUUGAAACACAAAAAAGAGUGAAGGAACUUGAACACCAGCUGAAAGAAAUGCAAUUAGAAAAUGAACUGAUAAAGAAAAAUCCACAAAAUAUAACAGAUAAAUUAGAAAAUAUAUCUGAACUCCAGGCUUAUUUCUUACAACCUUUCUUUAAGAAACUUGGUGAAUUUACAAUACUGUAUCUUGCGCAUGACAAAUCUGUUGUUAUCAAUGGCCCUGAGUCUGAUAUACAAGAAUGCAAGUUCAAAAUUCUUAAGGAGCUAAAAAGUAUUGUAGAUGACACAUUGAGAAUUACUCCCCUUACAUAUUCGAUUAUUUCAAGACCAAAAGGGAAACGAUUCCUUGAAGAUAUUCAGACAGAGUUUAAAGAAAUUAAGCUUUUCUUGGAAGAGCAUCAACUUCUUGUUGCAUCAAAAGAUGAAAACAUUCUAACCAAAGCCAUGUUCAAAUUGAAAGAUACUAUCAACUCUUCUCAUAUUUUUAGGUCAAAUGUAGAACUUUCCAUAGACAAAUUACUGGCAUUGAAAACUUCAUUAGAAUCUGAUUUACUAGUUAGUGUAACCUGGAACGAUGAUGGACGAGAAAUAAAAGUUGAAGGCAUAAAAGAUGAUGUAAUGGCAUCUCAAAGAGAAAUUAAAGACCUGUUAGAUGAACAUGGAGUUACUGAGAAGAAGUUUGUGGUUAAAGGACUUGAAGCCAACUUCUUACAAAUGUGUUUUAAAGAACAGAUUGAAUCAAUCCUUAGCAACCUGAAAAUUGUUUCUUAUGUCUCUGGUGAUACUCAGUUGUCAAUAACUUACAGUGGGCCAAAACUUCAAACACUUGAAGCCUCAAAUAGGUUAAUUGAUCUACAGUCUUCUGUUGUAUCCAAGAAGUGGGAUUUGAAAGAUGACUUUAAAGCUCAUGAAAUUAUGCUAAUAACUAACAGUUUAAAAAGUGGAACUUUAAAAGAAAAGAUUGAAAAAUUUAUUUAUAAAGAAAAGUGUCUUAUUAUCACUAAAGAGCUAAGUUUUUACUUUAAUUUUCUACUCCCUGAUAGUAAUAGUGAAGAGAGUGAAAGCAGCUCUGAUGAUGACACGACACUUAUCCUUCUUGAUUCUAAAAAUAUUGGCAAAACAGAAAUCCACAUCAUAACCAAAGCUGGAAAUAAAUUUGAUAAUUUGAAGAAGAUGAUUAUAAAAGAGAUGACAGAUAAUUGUUUAACAGUGGAUUACUUUAACCAAGAUGUUAUGCCACAUUGGCCUAGCUCUUCUAAAAAAAAAAUCAUUGAACAUGCUAAAAAGUUGUCUGUUUGGAUUGAAAAGUCUAGACAUCCAAAGUCUAAAAAAGCAGGAUUUUUUAUCAAAGGAGAAAAACAGUUGGUUGUACAGAUGAAAGUAUUUAUACAAAAGGAAUUUUCUUACAUUUCUAGACAUUUCCCUAAGAGGUCAUUGACUUCAGACAAAGUGCCCAAACGAGGAACUUUAGAAUUUAUGCAGUAUGCUGCAGAGAGUGAUGAACUCUUCCCGUCUUACUGGAAUUUAAAUAAGUCUAAGAGCUUUUGGAAAAGUUUUCAAGAUAAAAUGUCUUUAAAAUCAGCCAAAGGUAAUGUAUUGGUGAGUGUUGAUGAUGCCACUAAAUCAGCUAUCAUUAGCCUGGUAAAAAACACAAUGGAACCAGGUCUGAUAGGAGCAGGUGCUGAUGCUGCUGGAUUGAAUUACAGGAAUAUACAAGUGCUAAAUGUUGAAAGAGUUGAGAACCUUCAUUUAUUUGAGCAAUAUGGUAUGCGCAGAAAACGACUUUUUGAAAAAGCUGUGAGAACUGGAAAAAUCUGUCCUGACAUUGGCAAGUUACAAGGGUCUAAGGGCAGAGUCAGGACUACAGAACUGCUGGAUGACUGUCUGAAAAAAGAAUUAUAUUACGAAGUAAAUGAGCAUUAUCUUUUCCAUGGCACAAAGUCUGAUAAUAUUGACACUUUGAUACACAACGGAUUGGAUCCAAGGUUAUCUAGUGAAGGUGGAAUGUUUGGUAGAGGAAUUUAUGCAGCAGAAAUAGUUACAAAAUCUGACCAGUAUAGUGAUCAAAAGAAUCAGCGUGUACGAAAUGGUACUCAACUGAAACUUUUCCUGACACGAAUGCUCCUUGGCAAUGUAUUUUUGUGUGACAGUAAUCACAAGUCUGUUGCUGGCAAAGAUAGCAAAAAGCUAAGUCGACCUCCCUGCACUCAUUGCUUUCAAGAUAUCUGCAAAUGCAAACCUCAAGUUCUUUUUGACUCAGUGAUGGGAGAUGGGAAAUGGAAUUUCAGGGAGUUUGUUGUGUAUGAUGCAAGUCAAUGCUACCCUGAGUAUGUUAUAACAUAUAAGCGUGUUUAGAAUUGUUCACAAAAAUUGUUUUUAAUUUGAUGGCAAAGGGUGGAAGCAGGCGUUGUAACUGAAAUAGCAAUGUAAACAGAAAGUGAUAUUUCAACGCCAAGGGUAGACAAAGGUACAGAAUAUAGUCCAAGUAAAGACAGAACAGUCAGAACCCAGACGGGAUCCGAACCUACCAUUCCACACGGCACCGAAUCGCCUCGCCCUCCAUGCAUCAAGUCAGACGUGUAACCGAUUCAGCCAAUCAGCUUUACAAAAUAAAGCUUUCAUGGCCGAGCACUAUCAACAACUUGUUCACGGAAGACGCGGGCUGGCGUGACCUUUGAACCCCGAAUGGGGCUGACCGUUAGCCUCAUACACACAACAAGGACCAUUAUUCGACCACACAGGCGACACAAAUACAGGGACGACGAUACAGACUUGGACUAUAUUCUGUACCUUUGUCUACCCUUGGCGUUGAAAUAUCACUUUCUGUUUACAUUGCUAUUUUAAUUUUAUGUGAUGGUGUAGUUGAAUGGUAAAGUACACAACAUUUAACCAUUGAGUUUGGAUUCCAGACUCAAGUCAAUUGGAUUGAGUGCUUAGGAUUUUCCUGAGUCUAACCAGUAUUGAGGCAUACAUUACUCAUAUAAGGGAAAGCUCACGCGACUGGGCAUAGUACUGAUUACACAAUGCAUUUAUAUGCUAAGGUUAUUGAAACUGAUGAAGUCUAGUUCAUCUGCCCCAGAUGUCCUGAUUUAUAACAGGAAAAGAUGAUGAAAAAUACAUUUUUAUAAAUUCAUAAGUAAACUAUUGUAAUAAUUAUUAUAAUUCAAUCAGUGGCGUAGCGAGGUCGGGUGUCACCCGGUGCGGCACUAAAU